AUGAAGAAGAUCGACCAAUACUCGAUGCUCGCAAUAGACAACGCGGCUCAGACAUCAAAUUUUCUCGUGCGUUAUCCAACCGUGCGCCAAGUAGUCGGGGAUUUUGAGAAAGCUCACCUCAGGAUAAUACAAGAUGCCACGGAUGACGAGUUCGCUGUCGAAGACGCGAUUCGCGACGCAUUUGGCCGGAUGCGUUUCGCGGUAAUAGGGCGAUACGAAACGUUAGCCGCCGCGGAGCGAGCAGCCGCCCCACAGCCAUCGCAACCCGCGCCCCUUUCGGCCAUCCGAUUGCCGAAGAUCGAUCUCCCUAAAUUCGAAGCCUCGCUGUCGGGAGAGGCGCUUGGCGUCGUUAAGAACCUGCCGUUGACCGCCGAGAAUUACGUGAUCGCGUACGAUGCGCUUCGGGAGCGCUAUCAAAACAAGCGCAAAUUAGCCACGCAGUAUUGGCGCUCGUUUGUACACGCCAAACCUUUGGUCGCGGAUACCGCCGAAUCGCUCCGCGCCUUGUUGGACGUGUUCACCGAGAACACGCGCGCCCUGCAAACGAUGGGCUAUCCGGUGGAGGCGUGGGAUUCUGUGCUACUAAAUCAUUUGUUGGAGAAGCUCACCCCUACGCUACGGGAGAAAUUCGAGGCGACCCAUAUAUCCGCGGAACCGCCCCGGUAUGAACAACUGACAAAUUUUCUAGCGGGAUAUUGCACAGUGCUCGCGGCGGUAUUGGACACUUCACCGCAGUCAAACAAACCGACAGCGCAAAAUCAGUCGUCAAGGAAGGCCGCGUCGACGACUUCGCUCGUUGCGCAGAACGCCGCGUGCCCCAAAUGUGGGGAACAGCAUCUACUGGCUAAGUGCCCCGAGUUCUUAAAACUCUCGACCAAAGACCGACAUAACUUCGCUCGUGGACAGGGACUCUGUUUAAACUGCCUCCGUGCAGGACAUAAUCUAACGAAUUGCCCUAGCUCUUGGACCUGCCGGUCUUGUCAGGCGAAGCACCACUCUUUCCUGCAUUUCGAGCAGGCCAGCGUCCCGUCCCCCGCGAACGCUCCGGCGGCCACUCCGGUCGACGACCCCGCGGCGCCGGGGGAUACAGGCGGAAACUAG